GAAGUUUUUAAAUUGAAAAAAUACAUUCUCUCUCUUUUCUUCAUGCUUUCUCUCUCGCAGCAGUCGCAGGCAACUACUCAGAGCUCGAGAUUCAUCCUUUUUCUGUUUUUGCGUUCCACCGCCGGAGAUGCAUAAUAAGCCCUAGGGCUUAGUUCCGGCGAAAACAAACUAUUCGCUCGUGUGCUUGAGCAUGCGAAACAGUCACACGCGAGGUUGAGAGAGGAAGCGAGAAUCUAGGGAAGGUGGUAGGAGAAGAAAUGUCGAGUGCGAGAGUUUCGGAUCUGAGCAAACUGCAUCUGAAGAGAGAGCUGACUCAAAUCAGGAAAGCUGGCCGUGUUUUACGCGAUCCAGGCACCACUUCCUCCUGGAGAUCUCCUCUCGAUUCCUCUAGAUCCCUCGCUGCUGCUGCCGCGGCUGUGGAUCCUCCCCCGACCAGAAACGGCGCGAGCUCGGGUCAGAAGCUCCCGAUUCGAGGAGAGACUAGUAGUAGUAACCGAGGAGGCAAGGAGAAGAAAGUGUUCUUGUACAACUGGAAAACUCAGAGAUCCUCCAGCGAGAAAAGCGGUUUAGCCAAAAACGGCAAGGAAGAGGAAGGAGAAGAAGAAGAAGAAGAAGAAUCUUCGUGGACUGAAGCUAGCGUCAACGAUGAUGAUGAUGAUGAUGUGAGUGAUGCGAGGAACGGUGGCGAUUCUCAUGGAAUCCAUUCGGCUUCCUUGAUAUCCAGAUGCAGAGACGCGAAUCUAGCGUCUCAAGGGGGUGUGUCAAAGAUGAGGAAGAACAGUGUUGGUGGUAUCAAGAAGAAGAGUAAGAAACAAAACUCCUCCUCUCGUUUGGAUUUUCUAUCAAAAUAUCAACCUAGAGAAUCUAAUGCUGCAUCAGCUUUAGCUGUAAGGAGAGGUGAGAAUACUGAGCUAUCAGACGAUACAGAGGAACUCAGCUUUCCAGAGGAUCUAAGGAAGAUCGCUGGCAGUGUUGCUUCUCCUUUGCUUUUGAAGCUUAAGCACAAGAACUGGUCACGUUCUUCCUCUAAUAAGCUGCUGAGAGGAGCUAAUAGAAAAGAGGACUCUUCGUGUACUUAUAAUAGCACGCCGGCUUUAUCCACUAGCUCCUAUAACAUGUAUGCUGUUCGUAAUCCGAGCAACGUUGGAUCUUGGGAUGGCACCACGACUUCGGUUAAUGACGGUGAUGAUGAGUUGGAUGAUCACUUGGAUUUACCAGGGAGGCAAGGUUGUGGGAUUCCUUGUUAUUGGACCAAGAAGGCUAUGAAACAUAGAGGUGGAUGUAGAAGCUGCUGCUCUCCCUCCUUUUCGGAUACUUUGAGGAGAACGGGAAGUAGCAUUUUGUGUGGGAGUCAAUCGGUGUACCGUAGACAUAGUCGACAUUCUUCUGGAGGGUUUAGUAAACAGAAAAUUGCUUCAAGAAGUGCUCAAGGUGUUCUGCCUUUGCUCACAUACGGUGGUGACGGUAGAGGAGGGUCUUCUCUGGGAACCGGACUUAGUGACGACGAGCUUUCCACUAAUUUUGGAGAGAUUGAUUUAGAGGCUCAGAGUAGAUUAGAUGGGAGGAGGUGGUCUACUAGUUAUAGGAGUCAAGAUGGUUUGGAGGCUGCAGUGUUAGAUGGGGAAGGAGAAGAAGGUAGUACACCGGAAAACAUCCGAAGCUUCAGUCAAAAAUACAAACCAAUGUUCUUUGAUGAAUUGAUUGGGCAGAGUAUAGUGGUUCAAUCGCUAAUGAACGCUGUAAAAAGGAGUAGGAUCGCUCCUGUUUAUCUCUUCCAGGGUCCGAGGGGAACUGGGAAGACAUCGACGGCGAGGAUUUUUUCAGCCGCGUUGAAUUGUGUGGCCACUGAAGAAAUGAAGCCUUGUGGGUACUGUAAAGAGUGCAGUGACUUCAUGUCUGCUAAAAGUAGAGAUUUUUGGGAACUUGAUGGAGCUAAUAAGAAGGGAGCUGAUAAGGUUAGGUACCUUUUAAGAAACUUACCGACAAUACUUCCUCGGAGUUCCUCAACAUACAAGGUUUUUGUGAUAGAUGAGUGUCAUUUGCUGCCAUCUAAGACGUGGCUGUCUUUUCUUAAGUUUCUUGAGAAACCUCUGCAGAGAGUUGUCUUCAUAUUUAUAACGACAGACCUUGAUAAUGUUCCUCGGACCAUUCAGUCAAGGUGCCAGAAGUUCCUCUUCGACAAACUCAAAGAUGCAGACAUAGUAGUGAGACUAAAGAAGAUUGCUUCUGACGAAAAUCUUGAUGUGGACUCGCACGCGUUGGACCUGAUUGCUAUGAACGCGGAUGGCUCCCUUCGAGAUGCUGAAACUAUGUUGGAACAGUUGAGUUUGCUAGGAAAACGUAUCACCACUGGUCUAGUAAACGAGCUAGUGGGCGUUGUUUCAGAUGAAAAAUUGUUAGAACUCUUGGAAUUAGCAUUGUCAUCUGAUACGGCAGAGACAGUGAAACGAGCUAGAGAGUUAUUGGACCUUGGAGCUGACCCAAUAGUGUUGAUGUCUCAACUUGCUAGUCUUAUCAUGGAUAUCAUUGCUGGUACAUACAAGGUCGUAGACGAAAAAUACAGCGACGCCUUCCUUGAUGGAAGAAACUUGACUGAAGCGGAUAUGGAGGGACUGAAGCACGCUUUGAAACUUCUUUCUGAGGCUGAGAAGCAGCUAAGAGUUUCUAAUGACCGUUCAACAUGGUUCACAGCGACAUUGCUUCAGCUUGGGUCAAUGCCUUCUCCUGGAACAACACAUACCGGAAGUAGUAGAAGGCAAAGCUCUAGAGCGACUGAUGAUGACCCAUCAAGCCUUUCGAGGGAAGUGAUGGCAUACAAACAGAGAAUAGGAGGACUGCACUUUAGUAAGUCAGCAUCCCCAGCUUCGAUUAGAAAGAGGAGCGGAAACCACGCCCACGAACCGAAAUCCUUCUCCAGGGUUAUCGAUAAUACCUGCUAUAAAUCAUCCUCAUCUAGCCAAGUUCCAGAGAGCGAUGCCUCCAUCUCCUCGCAUGACAAUAGCACCGCAAGCACCAUGAUGCUUACACAAAGAAGUUCAGAGAAACUAAACGAUAUAUGGAGAAAAUGUAUCGAAAAAUGCCAUUCCAAAACACUGAGGCAGCUACUCUAUACGCAUGGGAAACUUAUAUCUAUUAGUGAAGUUGAAGGCAUUCUAGUUGCUUACCUCGCGUUUGGAGAAACAGAUAUCAAAUCAAGAGCUGAAAGGUUUCUAAGCAGUAUCACAAACUCGAUGGAAAUGGUACUAAGGAGAAGCGUAGAGGUCAGGAUAAUCCUUUUGCCUGAAACCCAGUUACUCGUAGCCCCUCCUCAUCAAACCCGGAAACCAGAAAUGACCAACAGAGGUGGAGAUCUGAAUGCCAUUACUGGUUUAAACGCUGCAUCAGACAUAGGAGUUGGUAGCAGCGAAGAAAGCAGAUCAAAAAUCCCAAUGCAAAGGAUAGAAUCCAUCAUCCGAGAACAAAGACUAGAGACGGCGUGGUUACAAACGGCUGAUAAAGACACACCUGGAUCGCUAGUAGGGUUAAAACCCGAAAGGAACCAGAUUUUACCUCAAGAAGACACUUAUCGUCAACCUAACGUAGGUUCUUCUCCUGCUAUAUCUUCUUCUGGAUUAACUUCUCACCAUUGGGUAGAUGAGUUAAACAAUGAAGUUAAGCUUCUGAAAAUCGGUGAAAACGGUGAGCUUCAAGAGAAUCUAGCCGGUAAAAGAGGAGAGCAUUGUCCUCUUUCCCCGAGCUUGCUUCAUGAUUCUAACUUCGGACACAAGAAAGACAAUCUAGGAGGAUACGAAUCAGGACCAGGAACAAGAAGAGUUGGGUGUAAUAUGUUAUUUUGUUGGAACACACACAAGACUCAAAAGAGUAACAAGUCGAAACAGAGUAAGGGAACUCCUGUUCGUCCCCGGAGAAGCCGGAAGAGAGGCUUCUCUCUGUUUAAUGGAUGUGCUAAGCCAAGGAAGGCAGAAGGUAACUUUAGAAGAUGAAGCUUUAGUUCCAAGAGUCAUUGAAAACAAAUUGUUCUCUCAAAAAUCUAAUUUUCUCAUCUGAUAUUCCACUUCCGCAUAGUUUUCCUUGAAUACUAUUUGAUAAUUGAUAUGUCAAAGGAUAGUUUUAUUUUAUUCACUGUAAAGUUCAUAUCUUAUUGAGUUUAAUAGACUCUCCUUUUUUGUGUUCUUUUUAUAAAUCUUAGAAAAAUGUUACUAUGAAAUUUAAUAAAAUGUCAAUCUUGAGCA